CAGAGAGCGUGCUUGGGAGACGUGCAAGCAUGCGGUAGGUCGCAUCAGCUGAGUAGUUUGCCAGCGUCCGUGCCGGCAUCAGCUAGUAACUUACUGUGUGGCAGUGUGCUAGUGCGCGCUGCGAGCUGAACGGAGCGUGUGGCGCGGAAUAAAGCGCAUGUCCGCGCACGUGUGAAUACCGCCAGAUUCGUAUUUAGUUCCAGCCUUCGCGCGUAGCUGUGAAUGCGCAUUCCAGCUACCGGUCGUCUCCAGUGAAUGCUCCGUUUUCUCCCGCCGGCAUUGUCGUGUAGUGUUUCUUCCCGAGUUUUUAUUUCGGUAGACACCGGCCGGAGAAAAUGGCGAAAAGAGAGUUGUGUUCCGUGACAGUGUUGUCAUUUCUGUGCAUGUGUACCUAUGUCGUGUUUGGGAACGCACUCGCGGGUACUGGACAAACGCCCGAAAAUGUGGUGACGUCUUGCGCGGCUGUGAAACCGCUCUUCGAAAUGAAGAAUAUAUCGGUUGACAUACCGGACAAGCCCAUAAAUGGUAUGGCGCUGAACGUGUGCACCGCCGAACGGUCGUGCUGCUCGGCGCAGAUGGAGCAGGAACUGCUGCGGCUCGUGCGCAAGGACUUCGAGGCGCUGCUGCACCACAACUCCAGGUCGCUGCAGGGGCUGCUCGUCUCCGCCGCCGACACCAUCAGAGAGCACGUGUCGGAGCUGCUGCGGCAGUCGGAGAACCGGACGCUGUCCCUGCUGGCGGUGGUGCUGCCGCGGUCGCCGUCCGCCGCCCGUGAGCCGGUGUCUCGGCUGUACGCGCGCCUCGCCGCGCAGCUGGAGCAGCCGCUGCUGCCCCCGGGGGCGGCGGCGGCGGGGCAGGACGAGCCGGAGGACCUGGAGGACGUGGUGGGCGACGCCUUCUGGCGGCUCUUCCCGCUCGUCUACCGCCAGACGCUGUCGGGGCGCAAGGCGCAGCGCGACUUGUCGGCCGACUACGCGGCGUGCCUGAGCGCCUCGGCGCCCGAGCUGGAGCCGUUCGGCGGCGCGCCGCGCCGGCUGGCCAGGGCUCUGCGCGGCGCGCUGGGGGCCGCCCGGCUGCUGCGCCAGGCGCUGCUGCUCGGCGCCGCCGUGCUCGCGGACGCCGACCGCCUGCUCACCGCCAACCCAGGCGGGGCGGAGUCGUGGUCGCGGUGCCAGUCGGCGCUGCUGCGGAUGUCGUACUGCUCGCGCUGCAGCGGGCUGUCGGCGCAGGCGAAGCCGUGCUCGGGCCUCUGCCUGAACGUGGUGCGCGGCUGCCUGACGCAGCACGCCGCCGAGCUGGACCUGCCGUGGAACGGAUACGUGGAGGCCGCGGAGCGCCUCGCGGCCGCCGUGCAGGGACACGCCGCCCUGGAGGACGCGCUGCGCUCCAUAGACGCGCACGUCGCCGAGGCCAUCAUCAUCGCCAUGGAGACCCGCCCGGGGCUCGACAGAAAGGUGAAGCUGUCGUGUGGGCCGUACCGGUGGGCGGCUGUCCCAGAGGAGCUCCAGGUGGGUGGCGGUGGUGGCGGCAGCGCGGAGGAGGCGGCCGCCGGCAGCGGGGGCGGCGGGGGCGGAGACGCGCCGCAGCGGGAGCAGGGCGCGGCCCACGCCCCUGCGACGGACACCCUGUCGUCCAGGCUGCAGCCGUUCCUGGCCAGCCUGAGCAAGAGCCGCGGCUUCUACGCCAACCUGGCAGAAUCGCUCUGCUCCGACGAGAGCUUCGCCGAGACCCGCGACACGGCCGACUGCUGGAACGGCCAGCGCAUCGGAGAGUACACGAAGACCGUGGUGGCGUCCAGUAUUACGGCGCAGAAGUACAACCCUGAGAUCACGUGGACGCCCCACCAGCCGGACAUGCGCAUUGCAGAGCUCAGCGACCAACUCAGGCAUAUAAAGCAGGUGGUGGUUAGCCAGGUGGCGGAGGCGCCGUCCGCGCUGGCGCUCACCCGCUACGAGGGAGGCAGCGGCAGCGGCCAGCAGCCGGGGGACUCGUGGGACGACGAGGCCGACUCCGCGGAGGCCUGGCCCGACGAAGGCUCCGGCUCUGGGGACGCACCCAUAGUGCCAGAAGGAGGAGACCGAAGUGCAACAGAGAAUGUGCAGGUGUCACCAGGAGUCGGCGCCGACAAACCUCCAGCAGAGUCUUCCGCCGGCCGCAGGGCGCCCAUGUCAUGGAGUCUUCUGCUCAUCGCAUAUGGCGCAAUUGUUACAGUGCUGUGUCACAGAGACGGCUAGAGACGAACUCACCCUGGCCAACAAGCAGUCUGCAUUUUGGUGGAUAACAACAGGCGGAAAAAAAGCAGUGCUACAAAUUCCAUUUUUGCUGCAUGAGUGGUGCAGAAGAGCCAUUAGAGAUUGUCGCUGCAAGUUCUGAGAGGAGUUUAACUUUACACACACCAUGUUGAUGAAGCACGGCCACCCUAUUACACUCACAGAUAAAUAGAUUUCCUUCAUAAGUGCAUAGGUUUCCAGGGUCAGAGUCAGUUCGAAUAAGAUCUAUUUGGGUAUUAUAUUUGACUGCAUCAUUUUGUUGCACUAAAGAAAAUCCACAAAACUGUACUGACAGCUCAGCCAUCUUUGGAGCAGUUCUCCACAGUGUGACGAUAGUAAUAUUUCGUUGCCCUGAAGACGACCAUUGUAAAGACAGUUGAAAUAUUGUCUUUCUUUGUAAAUGGCUGGAAGGCAGCAAGAUGACACAACCUGAUACCCAAAAUGAUUUCACCCAAAAUGUUCCAACAACAAUAAAAACAAUUAGGUUGUAGAAAAUAGUUUUAUAGGCAAAAUUUAGUGAGUUCUGUAAAAUAUGCUAUGAGGAAAAUGUGUUAUUUUCCAAAAGACGCAGAGUACCUGACCUUAAAUUAUUUAACUGUUUCUUUGUGGCACUUUCAGAUCUUAUGUUCUCAGGAAGUAAUCCAUCAGAACGGCCUAAAAUAUGUAUACCACCAGCAGACUGCAAUGGCAGAACAAAUCUUCAGUUUCUAUUCAUUCUGUGAAUGAAAACAAAUUCGGGUGAUAAGGAAUUUGUCAUUGACCGUGCAUAGAACGCACAGUCUUUAGUGUACCCCAAUAUUUAUGGGAAUACUUCCUAAAUUUGACAGAUAAGAGAACAUAACCAUAAUUAAGAUGUAUUAAUCAAUUAUGGCAAAAAUAGCAGCUGUCUGUAUCCACAAUUUAAGUAGCAUGACUAUUUAUUUAUGUUUUUCAUUCUUUUAAUCACUAUAGCAAGGCCAAACCUGUUUUGGCAUCCUGACUAACUAUCGCAACAAAAGGCAGCAUUGAUUUGUUAGUUUAGUUUCGCUUCCUAAUCAUACCUCUACAUAAAUAACAAUUCAGCAAAAUUGUUUCAGUGCUGAAUAUACUCGCACAGUCAACAUCAUGAUAGAGUAUCUACUAAUGUAAUAUUGUUAGUUCAUGGAUUUUGAAAGUUUAUGUCUGUUUUGUGUUGUAUGAUGAAUCAGUUCAGCUUAAUGAAAGUUGCCUAAUUUAACACUUUUUAGCUGAACAGUGACAUACGUAGCGAACAAAAGAAUCUCACCUUCUGGUACUUAUUUAGUGGAGCAUUGAGUUGGCUCUAUUGGCUAUAUGACAAUCGCCAGACUGCAAGCAAACAAGAUAUAGCAGACGAAUGGACGAAUAGAUAUUUAGUUUAUUAGUAAUAUGAAUGGACGAUAAUUUUUCUUUAAAAAUGUAAUAUAUGUUGAUGGUUCGUGAUUUUAUUGCUCAACAUUUGCAUGUUGAGUUUGUUGUGAGAAGCAAAAAAAAAAAAAAACUGUGAUAAACGUUUCGAAGAUUAGUGGUUGUACAUGUGUGGUGGUUGUAAAUUAUGGCGAAUGAUGUCCUUAGGAACUGUUGGUCCCAUAGUGCAAACAGUGGAUGAGGUGUGUUACAUCAUAGUAUGAAAUUGACUACCAUUUGUUUGAAUUUUGAUCAUGACAACAUAUUAGUAAUUAUUUUGUGCAUAUGAUAUUCUACACUGGUUGUAUUUAAUGAAAAAAAUAAUAAAUUGUUGACAUAA